AUGAGUGCAAAUAAUCAUGGCCUAAUAGGCAUGAUUAAUUGUAGGAAAAAGAAACCUGACAAAUAUUUUUGCACAUUCUGUAAAGUGUACAGCAACUCACAGAAAUACAGAGUCAAUGCACAUGAGAAGACAUGCAAGCAAAAGAAUCUUAUUCAGAACUAUCCUUUGGAACACAGUGCAUCUGAUCCUUUCAAAUCGCUCUUGGAAGUUGCUUUCAUGGCUUUCUUUCAUGCUAGCUGCAUGAACUUCUCUGAACAAAAGAUCAAAUCGAUUUUGGUGAUGAUGAAUAUUGCUUUUGGACUUAAAGAAAAAUCUCCUAACCUGAAAAUAUCUGCUACCAACUCUAUUCUCAAUUACAAUAAUAGAAAAAGAUCAUGUAUUCACUCAAUAACUCCCACUGUGCAUGUUGGCCAUAACAAGAAAAAUCAAGAACAUCAGUUUUUUAUGAACAAGCCUUCAAUGUAUCUGAAAUACCUCAUGGAUGACCCUAACAAGAACCCUUUGCUGAGUAGUCUCCCUGACAAAAGCACCAGUGAAUUAAACUGCUUACAAGAAGAUGAAAAGUGGCAAACCCAUAAGAUCAAUGACAUUUGGGCUCGACAUUUGGUCAAAUUAAACUGCAUGAACUUCGAAGCAAAUCAUCUAUUGACUACUCAGUUCUUUAAGCAAAAGAAAACCCCAUCUUCUGAUAUCUCUGUUGAAUCUGAAAGCUAUGUUUCUUAUGCUGAAGACUAUUUGGUUAAGAAAGACUUGUCUGUGCCCUUGCUUGGUUUUGUAUUGAAAGUGGAAAAAUCUGAUGGUACAUUGAUGAAGGCUGUGCUCACUUCUUUAAUUCUCUUUACAGAUGACACUUCUGGAAAUCUAUCCAAGCAAUAUAACUUGUUUGGCAGCUAUUUGAUGACUCUGACAGCAAUGUCUUAUGAUUGUUGUGAAUGA